AUGUCUUCGGGAAAGCCCAACAAUCUCCAAUUUCACGAGGCCAUGCUUCGAUGCGCGAUGAUGCUGCAACAGCAGCCAGAAUUCGACACAGACCUCUUGAUGUACCCAGUGACGAAAGUGCUACAGUUUGCCGAGGAGAUCUGUGAGACUUACCGGUUCGAAGGCAUUCAUGGAGCUCGCCUGUACAUCCAUGCUGAACGUUUCACGACGCGGUUAGAAGAAUGGUGGUCGUCUCUAUCGACGGAUCUUCGCAACACGGUAUUGUUGAUCAACGGCUAUCAUGCUGUCAAGAUCCGGAUCCAAGAAAUGGGCUUGGUAUACUGCUACGGGCAGAGAAGGCCACCGCCUCCAAAGGCACAGGACGAAUUCACCAUGUUGUCUACACCUCCGAUGAUCAUCAGCAACUUGGUCAAAUGUGUCAGCUCUACCAAGGAAUUUCUCGAUUUCUUCUUCACUAUUCCCGCUGCGCAGCAUGGUGACUUGCCAUUUUCCACGUGGUAUCAGUUUAUUUUCGCCAUAUUUGUGUUGUACAGGUUGUCUGUGGGACUCCCAGAAGUACCUGAAUGGAACGGGGAGAUUGCACAGCAAUCUGUGAAUCUGCAGGAAUAUCUUGAGAGACUGUUGUCUAAUCUACAGUCUACAAAGCCAUCACUAGAUAGGCAAAUACCGACCAAGAGUCUCUUUUCAAUGCUGCCCGAGAUCAUAGGAAAUGUUAAAAAUUCCUACAUAGUGGCAAAAGAGAAUCUGGCACAUGUCAGUGAUAGUCAUCAUGCACAUCACAAACUUGGGGCUUCAAAAACCACAGCAUCGUCAGCUCCAGGGCGGCAUCGCUGCCCUGCGCUACGAUAUUCGUGCCGACAUGUCGCCCCAGCUCCGGAUCAGCCCACACUACAACAUGCCAUUGCCACAGAAGUCCAGAAAAUAGAGGAUGAGAAGCUCUGGGGCGAUCUUUUGUUGAUGGAUACACUUUCUAGCAUGACAGCUUUAUCAUCUGCUGAGUUUUGA